UGUGUGUGUAUAUUUUGAUGUGAAUUGUGUGUGCAGAUGGAGUACAAAGUGAUCGUGGCUACGGGUAACUUAGAAUACUCGGGUACUAGUAACUAUGUGUAUCUUACUCUGGUGGGGGAGAACGGCGAGAGUGAGAGGACGCUGCUGGACAAACCAGGCCUGGAUCUGUAUAGAAACACAGCUGAUGAAUACUUAGUCCAGAGCUCAGUUUCCCUGGGUCGUGUUCUCCUGGUACGCUUGGAGAAGCAGAAAUACUUUGUGGAAGAUAACUGGUUUUGCGAUUAUGUGAAAGUCACCUCACCAGGAGGUGAAGUCACACAGACCUUCCCCUGUUACUGCUGGCUAGUGGGGAAUAUUAAAGUAGAAGUCCGUGAUGGCAAAGCUAGGAGGCUGUGUGAUGAGAUCCUGCCCCAGGAGCUGGCUCAUAGAAAGGCACAGCUGCAGGAGAGACAGAAAACCUUCCGAUGGCAAGCCUGGGCUACAGGAAUUCCAAAAUGUAUAGAUGCCAAAUCAGAGGCAGACCUACCCCAGGAUGUUCGUUUUGCCAAUGAGAAGCGCUGUGACUUCGAAAGAUCACUUCAAUAUGCGCUUAUAGAGCUGUCACUAAAGAAGCUGGCCAUCUGGUUUGGGAGAUCAUGGAAGGAUCUGGAUGAUUUUAAACAAAUAUUUUGGAAAUUAAAGAGUGAAAUUUCUGAAUACACUAUGGAACACUGGAAGGAGGACUGGUUCUUUGGCCAUCAGUUUCUGAAUGGGUCAAAUCCAAGGAUGAUCCAGAGGUGCAGGACACUGCCCUCCAACUUCCCUGUGUCUGGCGACAUGGUGCAGGCCUUCUUAAGCUCUAAAACCACCCUUGAUAAAGAGCUCAAGGCUGGAAAUAUAUACCUUGUUGACUAUGCAAUAAUGGAUGGACUCCCUGGGAAUGUAAUCAGAGGAAAGAAGCAGUAUAUUGCAGCUCCUUUGUGUUUAUUGUAUGAACAUCCAGACAAUGGCCUUAUUCCCAUUGCCAUACAGCUUGAACAGAAUCCUACUGAGGACACGCCCAUGUUUCUCCCAAAUGAUCCACCUCUGGCUUGGUUAUUGGCAAAAAUGUGGGUCCGUCAUGCUGAAUUUCAGAGCUUCGAAAUACUAUCACACCUGCUGCGAACCCAUCUUAUAGUGGAGGUGUUCUGUGUGGCCACACUGCGUCACCUUCCUUCAGUCCACCCUAUAUACAAGUUACUCACUCCUCACUUUAAGUACACUCUGGAGAUAAACUGCCGUGCACGCACACAGCUUAUCUCUAAUAAUGGCAUCUUCAAAUGGGUGGCAUCCACAGGUGGUGACGGGCUGCUGGUGCUCGCUCAGAGAGAGUAUAAACUCCUGACCUACCGCUCUCUUCAACCCCACUACGACUUUAUAGACCGGGGCGUCACUAAACUCAAUAAAUACUUCUACAGAGAGCACAGCCUCAUGCUCUGGGACGCGAUCGAGAAGUUUGUCUCCGGCAUUGUGUCUCUAUAUUAUGAUAACGACAGUGAAGUAGUGCAGGAUUCAGAACUGCAGGCAUGGAUUAAGGAAGUGGUUCAAGAAGGCUUUGAAAAUGUCCCUCACUUUGGGCUGUCUAAUGAACUAAAGAAUAAGCAGGAGCUGAUCACACUUUUGAGUGUGGUCAUCUUCACCAGCACUGCACAACAUGCAGCAACCAACAAUGGUCAGUUUGACUUUUGUUCGUGGGUGCCCAAUACACCUUGCACCAUGCGCCAACCUCCACCCACAGACAAGGACAGUGUUACAAUGGACUUGAUCAUGAACACACUCCCAGAUAUAAGCCAGUCAUGUAUGGAGAUGGCAAUCACAUGGCAUUUAGGAAGACCUCAGCCAGACGCAAUACCUCUGGCACAAUAUCAGGAAAAGUACUUCACUGAGCCAGCAGCCCAAAAGAUCUUAGAAAACUUCAGGCAGGAUCUCAAGGGCAUUGAGGAGGAAAUUCAAAAGAAGACUAAGGGAUUCCAACCACCAUAUCACUACUUGUGCCCAAGGAAUAUAGAGAACAGCAUUACCAUAUAGACAUAUAGACUUGAAACGGUGCUAUAUGCUUUUUAUGUUGUACUGAUUUUACAAUCGGUUAAUAAACUGAAAACUAUUAAUGCAUGUAAUCACAGCAAAUUUUGACAGAAAUUUUAGGAAAUACAGAAAACUCAUUUUAUUUCUGUAAUUCACUGUCACAAAUUUUUAAAAGUCUAAACAAAAUGUAAGUCACAAGUCAAUUCUGAUGUUUUUUAUGUGUAUGUAUGAAUAUUAUUCAAAGGUGCUACUAUUGUUUGCUAUUUUAAAUCUAGUUUACUUUUAGCCCGACAGUGGCAUAUGUUUAUUGUUAAAAGUUUUAAAGCAUUUGGUCUACAAUACACCUGGUGAGAAAAUGUAAAGAGGGCACAAUAUGAACUAAA